AGAGAGAGUCUCCCGAAACAAAAGAAAGAGAAAAGGUAUUCAACCAUACAAUUUGUGAAAAUGGCUUCUUCUCCCUCCAUGAAAGCCUUCGGAGCAUUUCUCUACAGAUUAUCCAAUGGCCUCUCCUCCAAAUACCCCAACUCCAUCGCUCUUCACAGUACGAUUUUUCUUAGCAAGACCCUAUCUCCCUCGUCGCCGUCGUAUUCGAAUUCUUCACCGGUCCAAUCAGUGGUGCACCAAUCUCUGGAAUCAGUUAGAAAGAUUUGGACUGUCUCUCCUCUCUACAUGGGCAGGCGUUCCUGCAAGAUUGCCGGCAGAAAGGGCAUUCAAGAUGCAAAGAAGGCAAAGCUGUAUUCGAGAAUUGGGAAAGAAGUGGUAUCUGCUGUGAAGAAUGGUGGUCCCAAUCCUUUAUCAAAUAUCGCUUUGGCUUCUGUAAUUGAAAAAGCUAAGGACCUUGACGUGCCCAAGGAAAUUUUAGAGCGCAACAUAAAAAGAGCUUCUGAAAAGGGACAAGAAGCUUACAUUGAGAAAGUAUAUGAGGUCUAUGGUUUUGGUGGAGUGGGCAUUAUAAUUGAGGUCUCAACGGAUAAAAUAAACAGAUCAGUGGCAGCUGUUAGAGAGGUGGUAAAGGACUGUGGUGGAAAAAUGGCAGGUCCAGGAUCCCUUAUAUUUAAGUUCAGACGUGCUCGUGUUGCAAACAUAAAAGUCACUGAUGCUGACAAAGACCAGCUCCUUGCCAUUGCUUUAGAUGCUGGUGCAGAUGACGUCAUUGAACCUCCAAUGUAUGAAGAUGAUACUGAUGAAGAGAGGCCUGAAAGAUAUUAUAAGCUCGUGAGUUCCUCGGAGAAUUACGUAGCAAUCUUAUCAAAGCUGCGCGACGAAGGAAUAACUUUUGAACCUGAUAAUGGAUCUGAACUUCUUCCAAUAACCCCUAUUGAGAGUAAAGAACUGACGAAGUGUUGGUGGGUCUCAGGUGGAUGAUGAAGCUACGGACUUAAACAAGGAUCUUAUGUCCAAGUUACUGGACCUUGAUGAUGUUGAUGCUGUUUACACAGACCAAAAGUGAGUAAAUUUCACUUGGUUCUGCUGCAGUGCUACUGCUGGCUUUUGUACUCGUACAAUUGUUCCGCUGCUGAAGCAGAGGGCUUGUUGGGCAUCUACCUGAUGACAAGGUUGUGGAUCGCUGCUCAUUGAACUUGAGGUUGGAUUUUUAUCGUCCAUGUAUCAUCCUCUAUUACAAGGAAAGGGGUUCUGUAACUUGUGAGUAUUUUAGUUCAUUGAUAUACAACUAUAGAAGAGGAAUAUUUCCUUUACCUUUUUUUAUUACUGCUAUAAGUGAUUAGUUUCUCUCUCUUUUUCGCCUUCCUUUCUACACCUUUCUUUAAACAUCAUUUACUCUAGUGUACUUGUCUUCUAUGCUUUACUGGUUUUACAUGAUCCGUAGUUGUGCC